UUUGCGCACAUCCCUACAUGAUUUGAUAAGUGGUUUAUGGUUUUCUUUCUGGAUACCUGUUGCAAAAAAAUCUGAGAAAAAAACAAUUUGAAUUUCAUAUUUGAUGGUAAAUUCUAUAUGAAUAACAUGAAAAAAACAACUGAUAUUACGAAUUUGUUUAAAAGUGCUAAGUUAGAUGGUAGCUAUAUAAAAGUAUGCGCACCGAUGGUCAGAUAUAGUAAAGUUCAGUUUAGGACGCUUGUAAAAAAUUAUGGAGUUGACUUGUGUUUCACACCAAUGGUAAUGGCUGAUUCUUUUUGCCAAAAUUCAAAAGCACGAGAUUGUGAAUUUUUGACUACAACUAAUGACACACCACUAAUCGUUCAGUUUGCUGCCAACAAUCGCAAUGACUUCGUAGAUGCCACAAAACUGGUGUGUCCAUAUGUAGAUGGGGUGGAUCUUAAUUGUGGCUGCCCUCAAAAGUGGGCCAUGAAAGAUGGAUAUGGAUGCUCAUUACUAUCAAAACCUGAAAUUAUUUAUGAUCUAGUGAAAGGGAUCAGAAAUAAUCUACCCUCAAAUUUUAGUGUGUCAGUGAAAAUAAGAAUAUUGAAAGAACUAAAAAAAACUAUAACCAUGUGUCAACAAAUGGAAAAAUGUGGAGUUAAUUUUUUAACAGUUCAUGGGCGAAAUCCUUCUCAAAAGAGUACUGGGAUGGUAGACACACUUGCACUUAAACAUGUUUGUGAAUCAAUAAAAAUACCUAUGGUGGCCAAUGGCGGUGUGAAAACUUUACUGGAAGCUGAUAAAAUGCAUGAAGAAGUCCAAUGUGAUGGAGUUAUGGCAGCGAGCGGAUUAUUAACAAAUCCUGCACUAUUCAGCGGAGCUAAUAGAACCCCUUUGAGUUGUAUCAAGCAAUGGAUGGAUAUGAAAGAUCUAAGUAAAAAUAACAUAACAUUCCAAUGUUACCAUCAUCACUUAGUGUUCAUGCUUGAAAAAGUUCUAACCAGGGAGCAAAAACAAGUUUUUAAUCAUCUCGGCACUUUUGAAAGUGUUGAUAACUAUCUACAAAAUAAUCUGCUUCAAAUUGAUGAAAUAUUUUCACCUAAAUUAAAUUUAGAAGAAUUUAUCAGUUGUGAAUUUCCUGAUGAAAUUCUUUUAAAACAUAGCAGUAAGUGUAGGGGUUGUGGAAAAAGCACACAUUAUUGUAUUUGUGAAGUGUACAGUAGUAAUGAAACUGAUGGAAAUUACUUUACUAGUUGCGUUAAUACUUAUGAUGAUUUAGAUCAUAUGAACUGGAAUUUAUUUGAUGAACCUGUAUAAUAUCCCAUAGUAUAUAAGUUUUUUUUUAUUAUAAGAUAUGAUGAUUUCAA